GGCCGGCCCCGGAGGACGGCGGCGGGCGUUCGGGAGCGGGGCGGCGGCGGCCGCAGGACAAAGGGCCGGAGAUGGGAAAUUCGUAUGCUGGACAGCUGAAGACGACACGGUUUGAGGAGGUCUUGCACAAUUCCAUUGAGGCUUCCCUGCGGUCCAACAACCUGGUGCCCAGGCCCAUCUUCUCCCAGCUGUACCUGGAGGCUGAGCAGCAGCUUGCCUCUCUAGAAGGUGGAAGCCGAGCAGACAAUGAGGAAGAGGAGGAGGAGGGAGAAGGAAGGCUGGAAGCAAGCGGUGCCCCAAAUCCCUACCAGCUGCCACCUCUGCCUGAAGGGUGCUGCACCACUGAUGGGUUCUGCCAGGUCGGGAAGGACCUGCGCCUCGUCUCCAUUUGCAAUGAGCCCAUUGAAGUUCCUGCGGGCUUUCUCCUGGUGGGGGCCAAGGCCCCCAGCCUGCCAGACCACCUCCUGGUGUGUGCUGUUGACAAGAGAUUCCUGCCGGAUGACAACGGCCACAAUGCUCUUCUUGGUUUCUCUGGGAAUUGUGUUGGCUGUGGAAAGAAAGGCUUCUGUUACUUCACAGAAUUCUCCAAUCAUAUAAAUCUGAAACUGAGCACCCAGCCCAAGAAGCAGAAACACUUGAAGUAUUACCUGGUCCGUAAUGCACAAGGAACUCUAACCAAAGGACCUUUGAUUUGUUGGAAAGGCUCAGAGUUCAGAGGCCGGCAAGCGUCCCCCGGUGCUUCUUCCAGUCCCCUCUUUCCGUCCCUGGAGAGCUUGGGACCCCCGGCGGCCAUCCCCAGUGAGCCUGUGCCUGCGACGAACCCUGGCCUUCUGAUGGGAGCCCAGCAGGCAGGACCAGCCUCUGAUCACCCCUCACUAACCACAGCAGUGGGGCCAGCUGUCUUCAAUGGCAAAGAUUCCCCGAAGCACCAACAGCUGGCGAAGAACAACCUGUUGGCCCUGCCACGGCCCUCAGCCUUAGGUGUCUUGCCAAAUUCCGGGCCCCCCAAAAAACGCCACAAAGGGUGGUCUCCAGAAUCUCCAUCAGCUACAGAUGGUGGCUGUCCCCAGGGUGGUGGGAACAGAGCUAAGCAUGAGAGUACAGGUAUGUCCUGCGUGCCCCAGGUUGGCUUGGUGGGACCAGCUUCAGUCACCUUUCCCAUUGCGGCCACCGGAGAACCAGUGUCCGUUCCUGACAACUUGCUGAAAAUAUGCAAGGCCAAGCCAGUGAUAUUUAAAGGCCACGGGAACUUCCCUUACCUCUGCGGGAACCUGAGUGACGUUGUUGUCAGCCCCCUGCUAUACACGUGCUACCAGAACUCCCAGUCCAUCUCCAGAGCCUACGAGCAGCACGGCGCCGCCUCCGUGCAGCCCAUCUCGGAGGAGAUGCAGCUUCUGCUCACUGUCUACUACCUUGUACAGCUGGCGGCUGACCAGGUACCGCUGAUGGAGGACCUGGAGCAGAUCUUCCUGCGCUCCUGGCGGGAGUCUCACCUGACCGAGAUCCGGCAGUACCAGCAGGUGCCACCGCAGCCCUUCCCGCCUGCGCCCAGCACCGUGGUGCCCGUGACCUCGGCACAGCUGCCCUGGCUGGCUGGCCUGGCUGCCAGCUCCUGCAAUGACAGCGUGCAUGUCAUCGAGUGCACCUACUCCCUGGCCGAGGGCCUCUCUGAGAUGUUCAGGCUGCUCAUUGAGGGCAAGCUCGCCAAGACCAACUACGUGGUCAUCAUCUGCGCCUGCCGCAAUGCUGCCAUAGACUCCUGCAUCGCUGUCACUGGAAAAUACCAAGCCCGGAUCCUCUCUGAGAGCCUCCUCACCCCAGCAGAGUACCAGAAAGAAGUCAAUUAUGAGCUGGUCACAGGGAAAGUGGACUCUUUGGGGGCCUUCUUCAGUUCCCUCUGUCCAGAGGGUGACAUUGACAUUUUGCUGGACAAAUUUCAUCAGGAAAAUCAAGGUCACAUUUCUUCCUCACUUACUGCCUCCUCCGUCACUAAAGGAACGUCAGUGGAUGUCAGUGGAUCACUGGUGUGCACAAGUUACAGUCUGGAGCCACAUGGUAUCCGGCCCUUCCAGUUGGCAGUGGCACAGAAGCUCCUCUCCCACGUGUGUUCAAUUGCGGAUUCCAGCACCCAAAACCUGGAUUUGGGGUCCUUCGAGAAGGUGGACUUCCUAAUUUGCAUUCCACCCUCCGAGGUGACCUAUCAGCAGACAUUGUUCCAUGUCUGGCAUUCAGGGGUUUUACUGGAGCUUGGCCUGGAAAAGGAGCACAUGACCAAGCAGAGGGUAGAACAGUAUGUUUUGAAGCUAGACGUGGAAGCACAGACAAAAUUCAAGGCCUUUCUGCAAAACUCCUUCCAGAAUCCACACACGCUCUUUGUCCUAAUCCAUGACCAUGCCCACUGGGAUCUUGUGAGUAGCGCUGUUCAUAACCUCUAUUCUCAAAACGACCCGUCUGUGGGACUGGUGGACAGAUUGCUCAACUGCAGGGAGGUAAAGGAGGCGCCCAACAUCGUGACCCUCCAGGUGACCUCCUUCCCAUACGCGCUGCAGACACAGCACACCCUCAUUAGUCCCUACAAUGAGGUCCACUGGCCCGCCUCCUACAGCAACGGAGUGGACUUAUAUCAUGAAAAUAAGAAGUACUUUGGGCUGUCAGAGUUUAUUGAAUCCACCCUCUCAGGACACAGCCUCCCCUUGCUCAGAUAUGAUAGCUCCUUUGAAGCCAUGGUCACAGCAUUAGGAAAAAGGUUCCCCCGCCUGCACAGCGCGGUGAUCAGGACCUUUGUUCUCGUGCAGCACUACACGGCUGCCAUGAUGGCUGUGAGCGGCCUCCCGCAGAUGAAGAACUACACGUCAGUGGAGACACUGGAGAUCACGCAGAACCUCCUCAACUCCCCAAAGCAGUGUCCUUGUGGCCAUGGGCUCAUGGUCCUGCUGCGGGUGCCUUGCUCCCCGCUGGCAGCCGUGGCUUAUGAGCGGCUGGCCCACGUGCGGGCACGGCUGGCCCUGGAGGAGCACUUUGAGAUCAUCCUGGGCAACCCCGGCUCAGGCAUCACCGUGGGGAAGCACUUUGUGAAGCAGCUCAAGAUGUGGCAGAAAAUUGAGGAUGCAGAGUGGAGACCUCAGACCUACCUGGAGUUGGAGGGUCUGCCCUGCAUCCUAAUCUUCAGUGGGAUGGACCCGCAUGGGGAAUCCUUGCCGAGGUCUUUGAGGUACUGUGACCUGCGUUUGAUAAACUCCUCCUGCUUGGUGAGAACAGCCCUGGAGCAGGAGCUGGGCCUGGCCGCCUACUUUGUGAGCAACGAGGUUCCCCUGGAGAAGGGGGCUAGGAACGAAGGCUUGGAGAGUGACGCAGAGAAGCUGAGCAGCACAGACAACGAGGAUGAGGAGCUGGGGACAGAAGGCUCCACCUCGGAGAGGAGAAGUCCUGUGAAAAGGGAGCGAUCCUGCUCCCACGACUCAGCGUCCUCGUCCCUGUCCUCCAAAGCGUCCGGUUCAGCGCUCUGUGGGGAGCCCUUGGCUCAGCCCAUGGGGUCCUCUCAGGGAGAGCAGGCCCUGUCACCCCCACCCUGUGGCCUGGCAGAGGAGGCCAGGGCCCCGGCCGAGAAGCAGCGACUGCGUGCCACUCAGGGGCCACCCAUGGCCCUCAGCAGGCACAGUCCAGGCCCGGCCCCCCCACCCGACUGUGGCCCCAGGAGCAGCCAGAGGAGCACACUGGCUCCUGGCCCCUCGGUGUCCUCCCAGCUGUCCUUCUGUCCGGGCUCGUCUUCCUCGGCCAUGGCGCCUGCCACUGGCGCUUUCGUCCUGCAGACCUCCCAGUGCUCCAUGGCCAAGGCCUGCCGCCAGCCUCCCGUGGUCUUCCUGCCCAAACUGGUCUACGACAUGGUCAUGUCCACUGACAGCAGUGGCCUUCCCAAGGCCGCCUCGCUCCUGCCCGCCCACUCGGUCAUGUGGGCCAGCUCCUUCCGCCCCCUGCUCAGCAAGACCAUGACAUCCACGGAGCAGUCGCUCUACUACCGGCAGUGGACGGUGCCCCGGCCCAGCCACGUGGACUAUGGCAACCGGGCCGAGGGCCACAUGGACAGCUUCCACCCGCGCAGGCUGCUGCUCAGUGGGCCCCCGCAGAUCGGGAAGACAGGUGCCUACCUGCAGUUCCUCAGUAUCCUGUCCAGAAUGCUUAUUCGGCUGACAGAAGUGGAUGUUUAUGAUGAAGAAGAGAUCAAUACCAACCUCAGAGAAGAAUUGGAUUGGCAUUAUGUCCAGCUCAGCGACCCCUGGCCAGACCUUGAGCUGUUCCAGAAGAUGCCUUUUGACUACAUCAUUCACGACCCGAAGUACGAAGGCGCCAGCCUGAUUUGUUCCCACCAUCAGAGUGCGAGGAGCGAAGACAGAGGGAUGUCCCGGAAGCCUGAGGACCUCUUCAUGCGGCGUCAGACAGCGCGGAUGAGACUGUCCAAGUAUGCGGCGUAUAACACGUACCACCACUGUGAGCAGUGCCACCAGUACAUGGGCUUCCACCCCCGCUACCAGCUCUAUGAGUCCACCCUGCACGCCUUUGCCUUCUCUUACUCCAUGCUAGGAGAGGAGGUCCAGCUCCACUUCAUCAUCCCCAAGUCCAAGGAGCACCACUUUGUCUUCAGCCAACCCGGAGGCCAGCUGGAGAGCAUGCGGCUGCCCCUCGUCACAGACAAGAGCCAUGAAUAUAUAAAGAGUCCGACAUUCACACCAACAACUGGCCGUCACGAGCACGGACUCUUUAAUCUGUACCAUGCAAUGGACGGUGCCAGCCACCUGCACGUGCUGGUCGUCAAGGAGUAUGAAAUGGCUAUUUAUAAGAAAUACUGGCCCAACCACAUCAUGCUGGUGCUUCCGAGUAUCUUCAACAGUGCUGGAGUUGGCGCUGCCCACUUCCUCAUCAAGGAGCUGUCCUAUCAUAACCUGGAGCUGGAGCGGAACCGGCAGGAGGAGCUUGGGAUCAAGCCACAGGACAUCUGGCCCUUCAUCGUGAUCUCUGAUGACUCCUGUGUGAUGUGGAACGUGGUGGAUGUCGACUGUGGUGGGGAGAGGAGCAGGGAGUUCUCCUGGGCGGAAAGGAACGUGUCUCUGAAGUACAUCAUGCAGCACAUCGAGGCGGCCCCCAACAUCACCCACUACGCCCUGAUCGGCAUGCGGAAGUGGUCCAGCAAGACCCGGGCGGGCGCGGUGCGCGAGCCUUUCUCUCGCUGCCACGUGCACGACUUCAUCAUCCUGAACGUGGACCUGACCCAGAAUGUGCAGUACAACCAGAACCGGUUCACGUGUGACGAUGUGGACUUCAACUUGCGGGUGCACAGCGCCGGCCUCCUGCUCUGCCGCUUCAACCGCUUCAGCGUCAUGAAGAAGCAGAUCGCGGUGGGUGGGCACAGGGCCUUCCACAUCACGUCCAAGGUGUCUGACAACUCGGUGGCCAUUGUGCCAGCCCAGUACAUCUGUGCCCCUGACAGCAAGCACACCUUCCUGGCGGCCCCCGCCCAGCUCCUGCUUGAGAAGUUCCUCCAGCACCACAGCCACCGCUUCUUCCCGCUGUCCCUGAAGAACCACAGCCACCCCGUGCUCUCUGUGGACUGUUACCUUAACCUGGGGUCUCAGAUUUCUGUUUGUUAUGUGAGCUCCAGGCCCCACUCCCUGAACAUCAGCUGCUCUGACUUGGUGUUUAGUGGACUCCUGCUGUACCUCUGUGACUCUUUUGUGGGAGCUAGCUUUUUGAAACAGUUCCAUUUUCUGAAAGGUGCGACCCUGUGCGUGAUCUGUCAGGACCGGAACUCGCUCCGCCAGACCGUCGUCCGCCUGGAGCUGGAGGACGAGUGGCAGUUCCGGCUGCGCGACGAGUUCCAGACCGCCAACGCCAGGGAAGACAGGCCGCUCUUUCUCCUGACGGGGCGACACAUCUGA